AUGAGCUCUGAUAAGUUAGCAAAGCUAAAAAAAUUACAGGCUGCUCGUAAAGGUAAGGCAGAGACAACGAAUAGUACUAGUGAUGAAGAAGAUUUUGAUCGUGUCUACGAUGAAGUAGACGAAAAACAGUACCUCGACUUAAAAAGAAAGCAAUUGCUGCAAGAUGAUUUUAUUGUCGAUGAUGAUGGCGUGGGGUACGUCGAUCGUGGUGUGGAAGAUGACUCUAUCUAUUAUAGUGAUGAAUACGAUAAUGAAGACUAUAGUUCCAAUAAAAAGAAAAAAAGAAAGGAGCCAAGAAAAGAAGAGCAUCAAAUUGGAUCAUUAUUGCGUUCUCAGCAUACAAGAAAGAUCCUUGCAUCCAGUAACAGCAUCAAACCAAAGAAAGCAAUUGCUGUUGAUGAAUUUGACGACAUUUUAGGAGAGUUCGACAGUGAUAAUAUGAAGGAUGCACAGAGAAAUAAGCUUCAGGUCAAGCUUCCUUCUUCUCCAACUGCACAAGCUGCUCAAAAAAGGCUGUUGAAUCAAGCAGCUGGAAGCAUAUUGAAAAAGCCAAAAAUCGAAAUGAAUUCUUCACCUUUGAAAAAUCAAAUAGCCAACUCCAAAAUCAAUGACUCUCUGGAUGAUUUGCUACAUGACGUCGAAGCUUCUCCCACAAUGGUAAAAAAAACAAAAGAAAUAAGCCAGACUGAAACUGAUAUCAAUAGUUCUACCACAGGAGUAGGAAAAACUGCUAGAUCUGAUGAUGAAGAUAGUGACGACGAAUUAAUUUUCAAAAGAAGGCCGCUAAGAAGUGCCAAUGUGUCAAGGCAGGUGAAUUUUAAUUCGAAAAGUAACCCUGGCACAUCACCUUUUGUCACAGCACCAGGUACACCGAUUAAUCAGGGUUUGAAGAAUACCUCCAAAAAAACACUUCAUUACACAUUAUCUGAACCACUUGAAUUUUCAUUCAAAUAUUCAAAAAACCAAAUAAUAGAUCCUGCAACAGACUCCUUUCAGAUGUUUUGGCUUGAUUUUGUUGAAAUUAAUAAUUCACUGAUCCUAUUUGGAAAAGUCAAAGCUAACGAUGGAAACCUUGUAUCUGCCAUGGUUCAAAUCAAUGAGUUAAAUAGAGAACUCUUCUUUUUACCACGUGAAGGACAUAGCGCUGCUGAGAUCCAUGAAGAAAUCAUCCCAUUAUUAAUGGAAAAAUAUGGACUAGCUAAUAUCCGUGCCAAACCUCAGAAAAUGAAAUACGCCUUUGAAUUGCCUGAUAUUCCACAUGAAACAGAAUACUUGAAAGUGCUGUUACCUUUCAAUUGCCCAAAAAAUAGUAAUGAUUUAAUCCCACCUGAUUUAUGCAGUGAAACCUUCUCACAUGUUUUCGGUGGAAACUCUAAUAUUUUCGAAAGUUUCGUCGUCCAGAACAAAAUCAUGGGCCCUUGUUGGCUAGAAAUUAAGAAUGGGGAUUUUAGCUCACUCAAAAACGCUUCCAACUGCUCUUCUGAGGUUGCAGUAGAUAUUCAGAACAUCAAGGUGAUAGAGAAGAAGGCAAUAUGCAACUUGAAAUGUGUAUCUUUGGCCGUCCAAACGAUGAUGAAUCCAGUUGAAAAUAAACAAGAAAUUGUAUCUAUCACAUUAUCAACUUAUAAAACUAUUUCCUUAGAGUCUCCAAUACCCGAAGACAUCAAAGCAGACGAAGUGGUAACAUUAGUGAGACCUCUUGAAGAUUCAGGCUUUCCAGUAGGUUUUGGUUCUUUGGCCAAGCAAAAACUUCCUGGAGAAUUGCGGAUAUUCAAUAAUGAAAAAUCUUUGUUGUCUUGUUUUUGCGCAAUGAUGAAGGUUAUGGAUGCUGAUGUUUUAAUUGGUCAUAGACUAGAAUCUGUAUACUUAGACGUGCUUGUACACAGGCUUUAUGACUUAAAGGUUCCUACUUUCAGUUCAUUAGGUCGUCGUACAAGAAAGGAGUGGCCAAAUAACUUUGGAAGGUCUCAGUCCUCGUUGAAUAGAUUUUUCACUCAGGAGUUGGUAGCUGGUAGGUUGGUUUGUGAUAUUGGUAAUGAAAUGGGUCAGUCAUUGACACCGAAAUGUCAAAGUUGGGAUUUAGCUGAAAUGUAUAAAGUUACGUGCGAUAAGGACCACAAAUCGCUUGAUAUCAACUUCCAGAACCCACAAUAUCGUUCUGAGGUAAAUAGCAUGGUUAUGGCAUUUCAAGAGAAUAUUACUAAUUCUUUUAUUGCCGCGGAAGUCUCUUUCAGAAUUCAGUUACUUUCACUAACGAAGCAGUUGACAAACCUGGCCGGUAAUGCAUGGUCUCAGACUUUGGGAGGUACAAGGUCUCUUAGAAAUGAGUACAUUUUACUACAUGAAUUCGCUAGAAAUGGCUAUGUCGUACCAGAUAAAGAAAGUAGACAGGCUAGGACUCAAAGAAUGAAAAAAAAUUCAGCCAAUGAUGCAGAUGACACUGCGCCUAGUUCCAAAGCAAAGUACCAAGGUGGUCUUGUUUUUGACCCCGAAAAGGGUUUACACAAAAAUUACGUCUUGGUUAUGGAUUUCAACUCUCUAUACCCUUCCAUUAUUCAAGAAUUCAACAUUUGUUUUACCACAGUUCAAAGAAACUUACAUGAUAUAAAUGAAAUGCCUGAAGUUCCAGGUGAAGACAAUGUCCAAGGUGUUUUACCACGUUUAUUGGCCAAUUUGGUUGCACGUCGUCGUGAGGUCAAAAAGAUUAUGAAAACAGAAAUGGAUCCGCAUAAACUUGCACAGUGCGAUAUCAGGCAGCAAGCCCUAAAGCUCACAGCUAACUCUAUGUACGGUUGCUUAGGUUAUGUUAAUAGUAGAUUCUAUGCCAAGCCGUUAGCUAUGCUAGUUACUAAUAAAGGUAGGGAAAUUUUGAUGAAUACAAGACAAUUGGCUGAAAGUAUGAACCUUCUUGUUGUCUACGGUGAUACCGAUUCUGUUAUGAUAGAUACUGGAUGUGAUAGUUACGCAGACGCAAUAAAGAUAGGUCAAAACUUCAAGAGGUUAGUUAAUGAGCGUUAUAAGUUGUUAGAAAUUGAUAUUGAUAAUGUUUUUAAAAGACUAUUACUUCAUGCAAAGAAAAAAUAUGCCGCAUUAAAUGUCUCAAUUGACAAAGCUGGGAAUGAAAAUACCGUACUUGAGGUUAAAGGUUUAGAUAUGAAACGUCGUGAAUUUUGCCCAUUGUCAAAAGAUGUCUCCACGUAUGUAUUGAGCCAUCUCCUUUCUGACAAGGAUCCUGAAACGGCAUUACAAGAAAUAUAUGCAUAUUUAGAGGAGAUUAAAUCUAAGGUGGAAAAUAAUCAAAUCAGAGCCGAUAAGUACAAAAUCAAUACGAAACUCUCGAAAGAUCCUAGCGCAUAUCCUGGUGCCAAAACCAUGCCUGCAGUUCAAGUAGCUUUGAAAAUGCGUAAAGCGGGUAGAGUUGUUAAGGCAGGUAGUGUUAUUACAUUUGUAAUUACCAAACAAAAUGAUGGUGCAAAUGAUGGUAAGAAGGAUGGAGAAACCAUGCACUUUGCUGAAAGAGCUUAUGCGUUGAAUGAGGUAAUGAUAAAAAGCAAUAAUUUAGUACCAGAUCCAGAUUACUAUUUAGAAAAGCAAAUAUUUUCACCUGUUGAAAGGCUUCUGGAGAGAAUUGAAGGUUUUGAUGUUGUUCGUUUGAGUAAUGCCUUAGGGUUAGAAAGUAAAAAGUUUUUGAAAAGGUAUAACGACGAUGUGACAGGUAAUUCAAUAAACAAUCUGCAACCUUUAGAAACUACAAUUUCAGAUGUAGAAAGAUUCGCAACGUCGGCCAUUCUAGAACUGAGUUGUCCAAUGUGCUCCAAGCAGUUCCCAUUUGGGGGAAUUGUCGCCUCAAAUUACUAUAAAAUGUGCUUCAAUGGUAUACAAUGUAAGGGAUGUGACCAUAUUUUAUCACCAAUUCAACUGACAGCGCAGUUAGAGGCUACAAUUAGAGUACAUAUAUCACUAUAUUACGCCGGUUGGCUGAUAUGUGAUGAUUUGGCAUGUGGCACUGUCACUAGGCAAAUGUCCGUGUUCGGUAAGAGAUGCUUGAAUGAAGGAUGUACAGGAGUUAUGAGAUACAAGUAUUCGGACAAGCAAUUAUACAACCAACUCCUCUAUUUCGAUUCUUUAUUUGAUAUUGAAAAAAACAAAAAAGAAGAGUUGAAGCCUAUAUACCACGACGGUGACAUGGACUUUCCUAAUGAGGCAUUGACUGAGUCGUCCAUUCGGGCCCUCGCAGAACAGAAUAGAGAAUUAUUUGAAAUAAGUCGUAGUGUGAUACAGAAAUAUCUCAGUGAAUGUGGUCGUCGCUACGUCGACAUGGGUGGGAUUUUCGAUUUCAUGUCGGCCUAA